UGUCAGUUAUCACUCAUACGGUUGAUAUCACAGCUUGACAUAAUAUAAUAAUCUAACAAGAAGUUUUCUCUGCCUGCUGGCGUUGUGAUGAAGGCUCCAAUAACGUUUGAUUUUUAGCAGGGCAAAUCUACAUUAUUGGUGUAUUGUUAAACCUUCAAAGUUUUCGACGCAAAAUCUCGCAAAAUACCGUGAAGCGAAAUGCGCGUCUCAAACGUGGUGGUAUUGAUAUGUUUCAUGGUUGUAUCAGAAUGUAUUGCGUAUUAUUAUCCACCAGUAUUCUGGCAUUAUCAAAAUUGUGUAUUCCGCAAGCUUCGAGAAUCGUUCGGAAAUGAAACGAAGGAAUACUUCAUGAAAGUUCUACCACAUCAACAAGUCAGAAUUGUUUGCCCUAGUAGUGCAGCCAUAAACGAUUGGGUUGGUCAAAGAAUAUCAAAAAGAUUCCAAAACUUUUACUUAGUUGACAAAAACGGUUACGAUAACUGCAAGGUCAAUGAUGAUGUAAAUCCUAGUGAAAACAAGUUACUUCUUCUAUGUGAUGAUUUUAAACGAGUUCGUUAUCGAACAUUUAAGUUCCAUCCAGGAAGUAAUUUAAAUGAACCCCGCUUCAUUCCUGGGCGACAUUAUUAUUUUAUAGGAACGGGAAAUGGGGACCGACAAUCAUUGAAGUCAAAGUCUGGGGGUCAUUGCAAGGAAUAUCACAUGAGGUUGCAUAUUUAUGUUUGCAAUCCAAAGAAAGAAACAUGUAUAUGGGAACAACCUUACUGUGAACCAACGUAUGAAGUCCAUCGUGCGAUGAUCAGGUACAGUCGCAAAUUGCCCCCACCAACUGAAGGGAUAGCCACAGUACCAAAAACUAAAACUGCACCCAUCUCUAUUACCAAAAAAUCGAAUGUUGAACAUUUUGAGGGAUCAAUGAGUUCAACCGAACAUUCUCACACACCAACAAAAGAAAAUCCUUUAGCUGAGACACUUGUCAAUAAUAACAAGGACUGCAAAUAUAGUGAUGAAGAUGGAGAUUCGGUUCACAUGGUUCUAAAUUUUGUUUUGGGUGGCGUGAUAUUGUUCAUGGCUGUUGUAAUUUUCAUUCUCUCCUUUGGACUAGCACGAAAAUCUGACUCAGCUAGACCAUCAUCUGGUGCGUUCUCAGUAAUCUCGGCACAAGAACCGAACGCAAAUCUUUAUCAGGAAAGUGCACGUUUCGUGAAACCUGUUUAUUCACCAGUAUCAAAAUCACCUCCACAAACACCAAUCAGUAUCAACCCACCACUCUACCUCGCUCCUAUGGCCGAAAUCCGACCACGCUCGGCGUCUAAUAGAAACGGAUAUAACAACGCCGUGUAUGGUCAAAGACAAGACAGUGUUGAAGUGCCAGCAGAACAAGUUGAUCCAACAUCAUUGCUCCAUGAGCAGCUAGCAAAUACUGCAGAACCCGUUUAAAACUGGUUGAAAGUCGGUAAAAAGCAAGUGAAAGUCCAGAUGGGUAGGUGUAUUGGUGAAUGAAAUUUUCAGGAGUAUUAGAAGUAUAGCAUAGUUGAUGUUUCAUGGAACAAAAUAAAAGUUGCAGCAACUAGCAUAUGAAUAAGAAGAAAUGAACAAUUAACAGUAUUGCAGAAAGCAUUGUACACGAUUAAAUAGAUGUUUCAAAAGAAUUAAUGUGACAUUUUUCCCAAACUUCCCCUUUGCGUGCUGUUAAGACUAAACUCACAUUUAGCCUGACACGUAAAGUUUUGAUCAGACGAGAAAAAACUCGUUUGUAAAUAUGUAGACAUAAACAAUUCGUAUUAGCUAGCUAAAUGUACUAUAUAGUGAGCAUUAGGUAGAAAAUGUAAUUGAAAAUGUAAUCAUAUUUGAAAUAAUCAUGCAAGUUUAACAAA